AACAACUUAAUAUUUUAAAUUUAUGUACUUAUUGUGUCAUUACAUUUAAAUUAGAAAUUUAGAAUUGCACAAAAUUGAUCAAAUGAGAGCCAAAUUAGGUCAAGACACAUAACAUAGCCCAAAUUCAAAGAAGUAACCCACCAAUUUUCCCCAAUUCUCUCGCAACUCCUAAAACCUCAGCACAAGCACAAUUCUCACUUCAGAGAGCAUUCCUCCACAAGAAAGCAGAAGCGGUAAAACAGGAAGAGAUGAGUGCUUACAAUGCUUUUAAAGCUUGUGCUCCAGUCGCAUGGAGCCCUAAUCUAUACAUAACCCUUGUAAGGGGUAUUCCGGGUACAAGGAGGCUCCAUAGGCGUACCCUUGAGGCAUUACGCCUUGGCAAAUGCAACCGGACUGUAAUGAGAUGGAACACACCCACUGUUAGGGGAAUGCUUCAGCAGGUGAAAAGAUUGGUUGUCGUUGAGACAGAAGAGAUGUACAAGGCACGUAUGGAGAAAAUAGCUAAUCACAAAGCUCUACGCCCUCCUUUGGUUAUAAACCAUCACGCAGCCCCUGCAGCUGAUUCAGUUCAGUAACUGUCGAAACUCUUUCCUGGUCAGUUUUGUAAUUUUGUCCUGCUAAUGUUCCGACAAUGUAGUGCACCCAAGUAAUGUUUUGGAACAUUUUGAAGCAUAUGCUAUGAAAUUGCAUCGAACCUUUGUAUUCAGGUGGUGGUUAUUAUUGUUUCGGCUAUAGUAGAAAACACUAUGCCUCUGGAGCAAUCUAGAGAGCUGAUUAGGUCGUUACUGUGUAAUAAGUGAAGAAAGAUGAUAUAAGCACGUAAACUAAAAACUGGUUCUAGCCUGUUGAUACGAGGUUUCCAGGAUUCAGGAAUGAUUCUGUGGUCAUGGUUAUAGAAAAUGCAUUGAAGGAUUGCUUUAUGUUCAUGUCAGGCUAGGAACAACCUUAGAUCUUUCGGGUUUCUCUGGGAAAUAUAGCUCGAUUUUCAUUGCA